GCUUAUGUUGGAGGGCAACUAUACGAUCCGUGGAGGAGGACUUGGGGGCACCUAUGUAGCUGACCAAGUGCACUUCCACUGGGGUUUCUCCAACGAGCAGGGAUCCGAACAUGUCCUGGACCGCAGAAAAUAUCCCGCAGAGAUGCAUAUUGUUCACCACGAGCAGUCGUUAAUAGGAGAUAGUAUCUUUCAUACACCAGGCGGGGUAGCAGCAAUCGGUGUCUUCAUCGAGAUCGGUGAGAAGAACGAAGCUUUUGAAAAACUAGUGAAACACCUAAAAGAAAUCAAAUUUAAAGACGAAUCACAACUUGUGACCGAACCUAUUCGACUCACCGAGCUUUUCCCUAAGAAUCGAAGCCAGUUCUACCGUUACAUCGGCUCCUUAACCACGCCCCCAUGCUAUGAGGUAGUCACGUGGACAGUCUUAAAACAACCAAUCACAAUAUCUCGGGAACAGAUGUCUGCAUUGCGUGGUGUUUUCGAGACAACCCGCCACGCCUAUGUUUACCGUACUGAGACACCCAUAUUGCUGCAGAACAACUUCAGACCUGCGCAAAGCAUCAACGGUCGCGACGUUUACCGGUGCGGAUUCUGAGGGAAGGCCGUCGAUGGACUCGAUUGCGUUUCUCUGCAAUAGUUCACAAAACGACGUAGUACAAAAACACACUUUGAAAUGAAAAGGUAAAACUUACCUAUUUCAACAGAUGAGGGAUUACGGAGCUAGCGCCUGGACGUGUUAUUUUCCGCCAUAGUAAUCAGCAUUGUCACCAUGUUAUAGCAACGUUCUUGAUUGUAGGUUUCAUUUAUGACGCCUAUAUGCCGUCACAAAGAAAGCAAUUUGUAUUGUCAAUAAAAAUUAUACUCGGAAUAUGCCAUUGUCACGUUCGCACAUGACUGUAUUUCAAUUAGUGAUACACAAGGUUAUUGAAAUUUGUAUUUUGCUCUGGAAGUUAUAAAAAAAAUACCCUCCAACUUUAUUUAGUAACUCAAAUAUGCUUAAUCCAGGUCAAAACAAACCAUACAUACAUUUUUAAAUCUAAAUAAUUAUUCCCUCCUUCAGAUGCAAUGUAUCCAACAUCAGCUCUGAAAUUCUUCAUUCUAUUGAUAGAAGAGGGUUAAAUUUGGUUUAUCAUAAUAACCCAACAACUGGACUCGCUCAGUUAUGAUCAUAAUUAU